GCUGACCCGAUAAGCUUGCCCGUCAGUCUCCUGGCUCCCACUUCUCUUAUCCGAAAUACACUCUCUCCGCGAAGACUCGAAGCUACACUCUCUCAGUCCCUCUUUCAAGAACGCAGAGCGCAAACGUUAAUGGCUCUUCUUCGUUUUCUACACCCUCCAUCGACGACUUUCUUCAGCACUGAACAACAACUCUCGCGCAUGCCUACUCCUUUAUCCAUUAACAGCCGCUACAGUCUCUCUUUUUCUUGGUCUCUCCCCUCGCUCUCUCCUGUCUCUCACGCCCAUGCUCGUACCCUUUCCGUUAAGGCCAAAAGAGUCAGCAACUUCGUUUUGCACUUCUCUUCUACCGCGCAAGAACAAGCUCUUGACUCUUCUUCAGCCAAUGUUUCCGCCGAAAGCCAAGAAUUGGAACCGGAGGCCGAAGGGCUCUUACGGUCCAGAUUGAUUGCCCAGAACGUGCCUUGGACUUGUACCGCUGAAGACAUUCGCGCUCUCUUUGAGGAGCACGGGACGGUCCUAGACGUUGAGCUUUCUAUGCAUGACAAGAACAGAAAUAGGGGUUUGGCGUUUGUCACUAUGGGUUCGCCUGAAGAGGCUCUUACGGCUCUCAAUAAGCUCGAAUCGUAUGAGUUUGAGGGUCGCACUUUGAAGCUCGAUUAUGCCAGGGCACGAAAGAAGAAGCCCUCCCCUUCCCCUACUGUGCAACCAAAGCAACUAACAUUCAACUUGUUUGUAUCAAAUUUGUCGUAUGAAGCAAGGUCUAAAGAUCUCAGAGAAUUAUUUAGUUCAGGGAGCGGUAGUGUUGUUUCUGCGCAAGUUAUAUUUAAUGACAAUCCAAGAAAGUCCACUGGAUAUGGAUUUGUUGCCUUCAAAUUCAAGAAAGAUGCAGACGAAGCUCUUUCUGCUUUCCAAGGGAAGGAAUUUAUGGGAAGACCAAUUCGAGUGGCACGCAGUAGACAAUUUGUUAAACUACCAAAAGAGGAGAGUGCACAGUCUGGAGAUACAUCAUCUGAUUUGAACUCUAGUGCAGAGCAAGCAGAUAAUGCUGAUCAGAAUUGAAAGUGAAUUUUUCAAGAGAGUGAAAUCGCAUAUUUUUUUCCAAAGUAGGACCUAGUCACAAGGAGGAUAAUUGGUAAUGGUAGCCAUGGCCGGUGGGAUAUGUGAGUUAUUAUGAUUGAAGAUUGUAUGAAAGAACUAGGAUAUGAUUAUAAAGAGCUUAUGAGAUUAUAUUGUGACAAAAGGCUGCGAUUAAUAUUGCUCAUAAUCUAGUUCAACAUAAUCGAAUGAAACACAAUGAAAUUCAUAGACAUUUUAUGAAGGAAAAUUUGUGUACAGGGUUUAUUUGUACACCUUAUGUGAAUACAAUGGAGCAACUUGCGGAGGGUUUAUUUGUACAUCUUAUAUUCUUAUGCAAACACAAUGGAGCAACUUGCGGAUGUUUUGAUAAUGGGAGUGUCCACUAGUGUUCUUCAGUCAGCCUUAUACAAGCUGGGUGUUUGAGACAUCUUCGCCUCAACUUGAGGGUAGUAUUGAAGAUAUGCGGUUGAUUUUAUUUUAUUCCCAGAUUCCCCAAAUUUUAUUUUCAUAUAAUUCUCCUUAAUUGUAUUUCCAUGUUAGAAUGUAUUGCUCUUCUAUAUAAUUGCAUGAAACUGUAUCAGUGAAUUAUCAAGGAAGAUAAUACCAUAUUCUCUACAUAUUUUCUCUUU